GUUUGUUUUAUUAGAAUGCUUUAUCUCACCAUUUAUGGCUCUUUCAAUGAAUUAUUGAAUGCCUAUAGAAUUUUGGUUCCAACGUCUAAACCAAAUAAUAUUCCAACUGCCAACAAUUCUUCGAUAACAUUACCUGGAACGGAUCCAAAAGCAACAAAAGGAUUAUCUGUCAACACUACAUUAGCCAAUAAUGAACCAAGCAAUUCAAAUGGACAAGAUAUUGAAGGUAUCGACGAAAAACUCUACCAAACUAUCGAACUUGCUACGAAUAAAGCCCAAGUGGUAUUCAAUGAAAUUACAAAAGCGCUCAACAAAAGCGCAAUUGCUAGUACAAAUGGUCAACAACCAAUAAGCCCAACAGUGGCUUCCAAAGUUAAGGAAUUAACUACAAUUUGCAUUUCUUCAAUGGACAUUACAAAAAGAGUCAGAACAAAAUUAAUCACCAUUAGAAACAAUCCUUCUCAGACCACUAAAAAAUUGUUCUGGUCGGAUGUGAAUUUAUUCCUAAAAGCAAUUGUUAACACUUUGGGCCCAGUUAAAGUCAUGAUCAAGGAUUUACCCAUUUUAAAUGAAGCUAGAGCUUCUAUCUUGAAUUUGACCAAGACUACUAAAGAUGUUCCUAUUUUAUUAGAAGUUUCAUCGUACAGCUCAUUACUGUCUUCAGACACUAGUGCCACGAACCAAUUGGCUGCCCCCACUUCCCAUAAUCAACCUCCCAAUAUCAAUAACAUGUUCACUCCUUUAUCAGCGCACCCUUCACAUCUGCUUUCGCUGGCCAAUUUAUCACUCAUGAGCAAUACUUUACAAUCCGGUCCUAGCAGCCAACCUCCUGUUCGUACUCCACUUGCUGCAACUUUAGGUCCAGCUGCCCAGGCAAUUGUUUCUAACAACGAUGUUUCUAAAACCAAUACUAAUGGUCAAAAUUUCACAAUCACUAGUCCUCCUAUCUUAAGUCCUGGUACUCUGAAUGUUGGAUCGCUACUGACUGCGCCUGCACAAUCUUCUGGACAGUAUUUCGCUAAGAACGGUAUGAAUCCAUUUGAUGGACUUAUAGCAGCCAAAGAUAGAGAAGCAGUAUGAACUCAUAGUUAAUUUUUCAAUUUUUUUUUUG